GCCUCUUCACUGGACUAAACCCAUACUUGCUUUCUUUCCCUCUCUCAGCCAGCACGGUGCGCUGGACUCAGAAGGAUUUGCUUUGUUUCCAAGCUAUGAAACCGCUGCUUCUCUGAACCCCAGCAGAGGAAGGACAGCCCGCAUGUUUCACUAAACACAAUGAUCACCCUGCAGCUGCGCUGGAUUCACAAGGGCUUGCUUUGUCUCCAAGCUAUUAAACAGCUGCUAGUCAUACAAGUUUGGCUGCAUGUCUGCGUUGCAGUUACAGUGCCCCGGUCUCCAGUGACGUCACCUCCCGGCAGUGAUGUCACUCUCGACUGCUCUUUCUCCUAUAAAGCGGGGGCUGAUCUCACCAGAGUGGUGGUUGUCUGGCGACGCCCUCCUGCCGAUCAUGUCGUCCACAGUUUCUAUUACGGUCGAGACCAGCUGGCUCUGCAGAAUGAAACCUACAGGAGUCGGACCCAGCUGUUCCCAGAGCAGCUCAGUGUGGGGAACGCCUCCCUCAGACUGAAACAGGUGCGGGGGGAGGAUGAGGGCUGGUACACCUGCGCUGUUACCAACCAAGUGGAGAGCACCAGGGGAGACGUGCGGCUCAUAGUGGCAGCUGAAUUCAGCGAGCCUCAGCUGGUCAUUACUGACCGUCCGGACAGUCCAGACAAGGCUCUCCUGAGCUGCAUCUCCACAGGAUACCCCAGCGCUUCAGUGAAGUGGCUGAAUGAGACAGGAUGUGACAUCACAGAGAGCAGCAGGACUAGCCAAUCCCUGGCCAGGGAUGGGCUGGUGGAAAUCACAAGUCACAUUCUAGUGUCCAGGGGUGCUAAUUAUACCUGUGUUCUUACCCACAGCCGACUGAAACAAACCCUCAAGAAGACGAUCACCUUAACAAAGAAGGGUUAUCCGGACAGGCAUCGCAUUGUUUUGUGGGUUGUCUUGACAGUGGUAGGGGUAGCACCAGUGAUCAUUGCAAUCUGUCUGCUUUUCAAGCGCCGCUGUGAUGCCAGCACAUCAACAGAUCCAACAGAACAACAGAACAUGCCCUGUCUGAUUUAACGGGUUCCAGGGGUCCAUCAGACAUGUAAAAGUAUCACAUCUCAGGGAGUUGUUCUCGUACAUUGCAGUUGCUUUAUUAGCAUCAGGGCAUUAUAAAUGAUUCAUGUCGGGUACAUCAGUGUGUCUUAAACACCAAAGCAUGGUACUGCACUUAUACUGUACAAAGACAGUCUGUGAACAUGAUUGCAAACGAGCACUGCACUGUAAUACAGCAUUUUGCAAUUUACUAAAUAGUAUUCCAAAAUCGCUGCUUGCCCUGCUUUCUCAGUCUGUACCGAUCACGUGACUAACUGUAAACUUCAUUUGACUUUAUGAUUUGGUUAAAUUGGCAUUUUGUCCUCUAAUUUGGCUUCACUGUUCUUUGCAUAAUUUGGCUUUUUAUCUUCCAAUUUGGUUGUUUUCUUAUUUACUGUAUUCUUUAUUUUGCUCUUACU